AUGUCGUCCGUUUGGCACCAGGAGCCGUCGGGUUAUUCGCCCUGUGUGGAGAUCGACUCCAGCUCGGUGAGGACCAAAGACCGCUUCGGCUCUCCGGCCUGGCUGAAGCAGGAGCACGACGACCUCCGAAUUAUCAAGUGGGAGAAUUUCCAAACCGGAGCCUCUGCAGAUGCCGUCCAGGACAACACGCCCAGCAGCGCCAUGUCUGCUGGCUCGCAUGUGGACGGCCUGCCCCCUAAGGUUCUGCUAACCAUCACCAAGCUGCAGUGCAUGCUGGAGAGCAAACAGGAGCGCAUCGUGGCCCUGGAAAGACAGGUGGAGGACCUUAUGCAGGACCGCAAGUUUCUGCGCAGCCAGAUCGAAAACCUGACGAGCAGUCGCUCCAUGGCCGCGUUCGCCUCCCCCGGUCCAGUCCCCGAAGGUCCGAAAUCGAACAGGGUGCAGCAUUCGGAAAACAGAUCUCGAAAGCGAGAAAGGGCCUCUUCUAGUUCCUCCGCCAGCAGCGCCAGCGGUUCAGAAGCGUCUGACUCCUCGGAGGUGUCGGCAGCCUCAAGUGAGCACAGGCGGAAGAAACACCAUAAGGACAAGAAAAGAUCCAAGAAGGGGAAGGACUACAGCAGGAAGAGAGCCACCGGCGUCCAGUAUGUCAUCCAUCGCUACAAACAAGUCUUAUCUACCUUCAUCAAGAAGAAAAGCAUGAGUGAAGCCUUCCGUCAUCUCGGAAUCGACCGGAACACCAUCGCCAACACGGCUUCCAUUGCCGAGCUCCAUUUGGCCGGCAAGGACAUGGUCCAUUUAGUGGGCAUGUUUCGGCAAGGGGAAGAGACUCUGGUCAGCUAUGCCCAAAGAUGCACUUUAGUCAUUGACAGUGAUUCUGAGCUUGCCAGAAAAAUAGACCAGAUGAAGGUGGAUGGAGAGCUUCUGCCCAUCUCAGGGAAAAGGUCCAGAAUGUUGCAUUCUCACCUGCAGCCUCUGGGGGCGGCUGCAGAAAGCAUUUUAAUAGGUUAA